GCGGCUCCGGCCAUGGGCGCGCUGCGGCGGGCGGCGCUGGCGCUGGCGGCGCUGCUGGGUGUCUCCUUGGCCGUGCUGGAGGUGCACGUGGGGACGAGCCUGGUGCUCUCUGUGGAGGGGCAGCAGGCAGUGCUGCCUGUCUGGUACAGCAGCCUCUCCCAGCAAGAGCCCUACAUCACCUGGAUGCUGAACAAGAAACCUGCUCCCUUCCAGAUCCUGUCAGUCAUGAGUGGGGUGGUGAAGGUGGAGGAGACAGAUCUGAAGUCCCGCGUGGGGUUCCUGCACCCCAUCGAGACCCGCAACAUCUCGCUGCUCAUCAACGCCACCCGCGAGCAGGACUCGGGUCAGUACAUGUGCACGGUCAACGUGGUGGACGACGUCAUCAGGAAGCACAAGAACGUCGGCCUCAUCAACCUCACCGUGCUGGUGCCACCGGCCACCCCCACGUGCCAGCUGCACGGCAACGCCGUCGUGGGGGCCAACGUCACCUUGAGCUGCUCCUCCAGGAAGGGGAAGCCCUCGCCCAUGUACCAGUGGCAGCGCGAGCCGCCCACCCUGCAGGUCUUCUUUCCCCCUGCCCAGGACCGGGCCAAGGGCACCCUCAAGCUGACCAACCUCUCCCUGGAAAUGUCGGGGGUCUACGUCUGCAGGGCUGAAAACCAAGCAGGUUCUGAGAACUGCAGCAUUGUCCUGGAGGUACAAUCAACGAGCACCAAAGCAGUCAUCGCCGGCGCCGUGCUGGGCUCCCUGGGUGCCCUUGCCACCAUCAUCUUCUUUGCCCAGAAGUUUGUUGGCUACAGGAGGAAAAAACGUGACAGCCAGGAGGAGGGAGCCAAUGAGAUCAAGGAGGACGCCGUGGCCCCCAAAACCCCAUCGUGGCCGAGGAGGCCGGCCUCAGACACCCUGUCCAAAACCAGCACGCUGUCCUCCAUCGCGGGCACGCGGCAAGGCUACGGAGCCAGAGCCCCGUCGGACACCGCCUCCAUCCUCACCAGCACCGGCAGCUACCGGGGCCCCCCGCCCCGGGCAGGGGCGCGGCCCCCCAGCCUGUCCCCCCCCGCCGCCAACGGGACCCCCCGGCGCCGCCCGGAGCCCCCCGCUGCUGCCGCGGGCGCGCUGCCCCCCUCCAGCCUGGCACGGGCCGGAGCCGUGCCAGUCAUGGUGCCAGCGCAGAGCCGAGCGGGCUCCUUGGUGUGAGCACCCCCCAAAAUGGGGUGCCCACAGCCAGCCCAUCCCACUCCCCGAUUCCUGGGGUGGUUUUGCUCCCUUUUUGGGGUUUCCUUUUCUUUUUAACAGAUGCCUCGAGCAGCUGGACUCAUCGUGGGUGUGUUUAAUGGGUGCAGGGGCUCUCUGCGUUUGGAGGGACCCCAUAAAUAUCACCCCCAAACCAGCCCCAGCCCUGCCUCAGGGGGGUCCCCUUUUAUGUUUUUUUUUUCUAUAUCUAUAUAUCAGGUGAAAUGCGGGAUUUUUUCACAAAAGAAAGUAGAGGUGGGGGGAGGGAGGUGAUGGGGACACGCACACACACUUUUUU